UGACAAAACCCCGCUGAACGGACUUGCGUUUGCUGUCUGUCUGUCUGUCAGCCUUGUUAACAGCCACAUAGUCCAUUAACCGGUGGAUCUCCACGUGGAUAAUCAAUCAUGGAAUUACUGGGUCGAUAUCUGGAAAGGAGCAACUCAAUCAGCUCGGUCAUGACUCAAGAUGUUAUCAAAGAGGAGAACCUGAGAGAUGACCUGAAGUAUUACUUCAUGAGCCCGUGUGAGAAGUACCGAGCCAGGCGACACAUACCCUGGAAACUCGGGGUGCAGAUUCUGAAAAUCGUCAUGAUCACAACACAACUCAUCCUGUUCGGCCUUAACAACCAGCUGGUGGUGUCCUACAAGGAGGAGAACACGAUGGCUCUCAAAAACCUCUUCCUGAAGGACUACAGUGGGGUGGACGAGGACGACUACAGCAUUGCUGUGUACACGCAGCGCGGCGUCUAUGACAGUCUGUUUUAUGUCCUGGAUCAGUACAGCCAGUUGAGCCAGCUCUCUGUGGGUCCCAUCAGCUAUGCUGAGGAUGAGGACGGCAAGCUGCUGCCUCUCGUCAUCUGUAAAGAGUACUACAAGAGGGGCAGCGUGGAGCCCUCAGACGAGGCCUUUGACAUAGACGCUCAGCUGGAGACGGAUUGUAAGUCACAUGACCCAAAGACUGCAAACCAAUGGAAAACCCAGAAUUCAUCCUUUUUUGACCUGGACUUCUACAGGCUUGUUGACAUCAAAGUCACCUUCCAGCUGAAGGGAGUCAACCUUCAGACGGUGCGUUCCCGAGAGCUACCCGACUGCUACUCUUUCCACGUUACGAUAACAUUUGACAACCAGUGUCACAGUGGAAAGGUGAAAAUAUUCCUGGACAUUGAUACUGAGAGUACUGCAUGUCGAGACUUGAAGAUAUCCGGAACUGCUCAGAAGAACACGCACUAUCUUCUCAUGUUUGAUGGCUUCGUCAUUAUCGUCUGCCUUACGUCAGCUGUGCUGUGCACCCGCUCCAUCGUACUGGCUGUCAGGUUGCUUCAGAGAUUCUCCAGAUUCUUGCAUGAGAACUACAAUCGUAAAGUGUGCGAGGAUGACCAGAAGGAGUUUCUGAAUGGCUGGUAUGUGCUGGUCAUCGUCAGCGACCUCUUGGCCAUAGUUGGAUCCGUACUGAAGAUGGAAAUACAAGCAAAGAGUCUGACCAGUUAUGAUGUGUGCAGUAUCUUCCUGGGAACGUCUACAUUAAUGGUGUGGGUCGGCGUGAUCAGGUACCUCGGAUACUUCCAGAAAUACAACGUGUUAAUUUUAACCAUGAAAGCAGCCUUCCCCAAAGUCCUGCGUUUCUGCUGCUGUGCUGGCAUGAUCUAUCUUGGCUACACCUUCUGCGGAUGGAUCGUACUGGGACCAUACCAUGAGAAGUUUGAGGGCCUAAGUCGUGUGGCGGAGUGCCUGUUCUCCCUGUUGAACGGUGACGACAUGUUCACCACCUUUGCCCAGCUGAAGGACAAAAACAUUCUGGUGUGGCUCUUCAGCCGAGCCUACCUCUACUCCUUUAUCUCCCUGUUCAUCUACAUGGUGCUGUCGCUCUUCAUCGCCCUCAUCACCGACGCCUACGAGACCAUAAAGAACUACCAAAAAGAAGGAUUCCCGUUGACGGACCUGCAGAAGUUCCUCAGAGAGCAGAGAGAUCUUCGUGUUGCAGAGGAGAGCAGUCAGACAGACGUUCACUUCAGAUACUCGCUGUUCCACUGCUGCCAACGUGUUCCUGAAAAUGACGACGUCGUACUGAUCAGCUGAUGGCUGUCCCACCAGCUCAGGGAGGAGGACCGCACUGGGAACAGGACUUCACAUGUGUGAUGCAGACUUGGGGAUGGACCGAUCCUCUGCAAAAUCCGGGAUCGAGUAAAGUUUCCAUUCCAGGAGGGAUAUUCUGAGAAGUGCAAUAUGCAAAACCAAACAAGUUCCUUCGCUUGAACAUGAACCCGCAGUUGUCUGAAGAGUUGGAACUAUUAACAUUGCAGUUCAGUAUGCUGCUGAAAAGUUUACAGGACCUUUUUAAGGUCUGCACAUGCAUUUAGUUGCCAAAGGACUGGAGUCUGUGUUUUUCUGUAUUUGACUGUUGCUGCAGACACUGGUGCUAUGCGGCCACAUUAUUCAGCGGUGGAUGUAAUUUAUUUGUCAAGCGUUGUAGUAAAGACUGCAGUAAAGAUAAUUUUCUCAUUUGUU